UUCGUUGCCAAAUCGUCGGUAGUUAGUAGGCGAGAGGUGAACAUGGCGCACCUGCACGGACCUGCCGGACGGAGCCCGAUACCCUUGGGCUUCGUACUGCUGGUAGCAAUCGUUGGUGGUAUUGCCUGUGAAACGUUUCAAUUUCCCGAGUUUGUUGCAAUCGAAGGUGAUGACGAUGGUGCGGCCUGCGGUGGUUGGAUUAUUGAUAAGGUGCUUCGUCCGCACGUACUAACGACGGGUGCGUGUGUGCAGCAGCAGCUAGGUGGACGUACCUUGCGGCAACUGCUGGUGCGGUAUGGCAGUGCUGAGGUAACCUCUCGUACCGCGAGUCUUGCUGUCGAUCGGAACCUGGCCUACGCAGAUGGCGAUCAGAAUCAGCUGCUCGUGCUCAGCACAUUCGGUAGACUGCGACGAAAUCCGAUUCCUGCUUCGCCCGAGCACACGCAACGUCACAAUGGAACAUAUUUACUCUGCUGGCGUCGCCCGCUGGUGUCUGGUGAUGCUCCUCUUCACAAAACCUUACUGCUGGUAGAACCGGGACAGCAUCGCUCCGUAAAGCAAUUGCUCAACACACUGUACUGCAGCAGUCUCCGGGGAUAUCUGCUGGAAGGUGCGAUGAUACUGGAGAACCUGACACCAUCCGCAAUGGUAACGCUGGUCCCCGGUACGGGCUCCUCCACCUGUGGCACCAGCGUGGACCUGCUGGAGCUGCGCAAUCUUACCAGCCCGGCAGGUCUCGCCAAAAAGAUGAUUGAUUCCCCGUUGGUAGAGCCUGUGCCCGAUAAUAGUUUUACCUUUACGGAACCGAACUCUGCCUUCGGAUACAUCGUGUACGUUAUCUUCAUGGGCUACUGCAUACUGUACACGGUGAUGUUCUUUAUCUUUGGCCUAAUGCGUGCCCACCCGAGCACUGAUCUGUGAGCGAAUAAAGUUAGCAAAAAAAGGUGCUAUUUUUUCCUCGUG